AAAUACUCAGCUGCAAAACGGGACAACAACAAAGUAGGCUCUCACGAGAUUACAUUCACUGAGUAUUGCUGGACGUGUGUUAUGGUGUAGCCUGACAAAGCAAUUGUUUAUAGAUCGGAUACCUUCCAGUGAAAACGGAUUCAUGCAAUGGUAAUUAUUUCCCAUCCCUUCAAGUCAAGGAUCUUGCUGAUCCGCUGAAAUAAAAAUAAUUUUAAUUGUCUAACUAAAUACUAUUUAAUAGUAGGACUCAAAUAUCAAAUAGUAAAUAGUAAAUAGUCAAAUAGAAAUAGAGUACAGAAUAGUAUAGGCCAGGAUUAAAUAAGCUGCGGCUAUUGGACGUAAACUACCAAUAACUUCUACUUUUAAGGAGCUAUUUGUAGUAAAGUAUCAAUGCUUCUAGAGAGCUAUUGGCAUUGGUACUUCACUACCAGUAGUUCUUAAAGUUUCUAUGUGGCUACCAGUAGGUAGCUUCUACUUAGAACUUCUAUUAUAAAUAUCUACUAAAAUGUAGUCCUUAGGCGUCAUAGGUACGGUAUUGGUAGCCACUGAAAUCACUCUUAAGUACUAAGUAGGUUUAGGCCUUAGGCUUAGUAAAAAAAAAACAUGUGCCAAUGUUUUAGACAGCUGUCUGGUCGUGGAUCACUUCAAACAAUUUUGUGUGUGUCUAGUCUCAUAAAUUCCCUCCAAAUCAGAUUUUCAAGACAUAAUAUUAAUGCACUUAUUGAUUGUUCUUUGUAAAUAUUUUACCUUUACUUACUGCCAAUGAUGCAUUGCAGCUUAUGUUUUCAUCAGAUUCUGUGCAGUUAAAAACAUUGAUUCUGCAUAGUCUUCAAAAAUAAAUAGUUAGGUAUUCCUAGACUUAGACGCUAAAUUAAUUUGUGUCAUAUCAUAUAUACAGUAUACAGAUACACAAUUUUCCAAAUGAAAUUUUUAAACAAUAUCGAUGCCUUUAUAAGUUAAUGAGUUCUCAUCUGUUUAAAUAAUGCUCACUGGGCCUGUCACCCAACAGAAAAUCAAUAACUAAUAACAGUACAGGAGGGGGGGAGAAAGAUAGGUGACGUGACCUAAACAGAGAUUGGUCAAAGCUUAUGUUGUCAUCUUUAAGCCUAAUAACGCUAGUGUACCCUUUUCAUUUAACUAAAGUAACAAGAUUUUUUUAAUAUGCACACUUCGUAUGCUGUAAAUUAUGGUAAUUAUAGUUUAUAGACAUAUUUAGGCCUAUAUUUUAAUUUAUAACUUUCAUCAUGAUAUUUAACACAAACAUUUUUUACAGCUGAAUUUUAUUUUUACAGCACAUAUUACCUCUGCAAUAAAUUUCAGACUAUGAUCCUCUUUCCCCCAGUAUCUAUAUUAUAAAAUUUAAUUAUAAAGCAAUAUAGCCAAAUCUCAAUAUAUGAGGAAGGCUACAGCAGACAGCAUUAAUACAGUACAGUAGAUUUUAUAAUUAGCGCUGAGGUGUUGUCAUUAGUACAAAGUAGUAAUAAAUUAACAGGGUAUUACUUCGCCAGCAUCAUUGAAAGUGAGUUUUUAAUGUUCCAAUUUUGGUUUGAUUUUAUUGGCUGGACUACCAAUAGCUCUCUCGAAGCUAUUGGUAGUCAACUACUAAUAGACACUUUCUAGCAAUAGUAAUAGGCAAUUCAAUACUUGUCAAAAGUCCUUUAAUAGUUAGUAGUAGAGAAAUGGAUUGGCAUAGCAGUAAUUUAAUUGCAGCUUUGACUUUGAAUGAAUACUUUGAUUUUGAUUUGAAUUGAUGUUUCUUGAAUGAUUAAAAAAAUUAAAAUAAUAAGUUAAAUAAUAAAUCACUAUGCAUUUACAGACAUGACAAAGUAGCCUACAUUAGACUUGGACACUUACUAAAACCUAGCUAAUCUUUGUAAAUUUAGUAAAGUCUAAUCUUACUCUGUAAAUACCAAAUUCUAUUUAGUCUACGUGUAAGUCAAUUAUUAUUAGUAAUACUAGUAAUAUGCAUUAGUAUACAGAUUAAAAAGUGAAUGAAUUUUCUAAUUUUUGUUCUUCCUCUCCUCAAAUUUGUUUGUAAUAUGAAAACAAAAAAUAUUGCACACUUUGGAUAUAAAAAUAUUCUAAAUAUAUUUUCAGGUAGCCAGGUAACUCAAAACUUACAAAGUUUUUAAAUAUGUUGUUUCUGAUAUCAGUGUAAAUAUACAUUUAUUUAGUUUAGUCAGUGCUCAUUUUUAUUAGUUAAAAAGAUCCGGGCUAUGUAAGGAAAAGAUAUAAAAUUUGCAUUGUUAAUUGUUUCUGAGAAUCCAACUUUAGCCAAAUUUUAAAAAUUUACUAAUUGUAAUAUUAAUAUGACAAGUGCAUAAUGGUGGGUUUUGAAUUUACAAUUCUAAAAAUACGGAAACGGUGUAGCUUGUUCUUGAUAUAAAAUAGCUAAUUAUUUCUCUGUGACAAAGUGUUGGGAACAUGUUAUAAAACAUGUAUUAAAUGGUUAAGCUUUCAUUGGGUACCAACAAAUACUUUGUAUGUUUGAUAUUCGAUUUAUGAGCCAUUUUUUAAUUGGCAAAUUGGGUUGUGUACUAUAGUAAUAUUAUAGCCGGAAGUAAACAAUGACAUAUACAGAAUAAAGCUUUUACAUUUUUUAUUCUAAAAAUGCGGAAACAGGUGGAAUCAUUGUUGUCACUUAUUUUAGAGCUCAUGCUCAUAGCCUAAACAUCUUGCAUUCCCAACACAUCUUGCAUAGCUAGUUCAUUUAAACAGUAAAAAAUAUUCUUGGCUGGUACUGGCUUAGUAUUAGUACUCUUACUAAAAAGUGGAAUUAAAGGUGGGAAAAAGCUGCAAGGGGAAAUAAGCAAUAUUGUUAACAUUAGAUACAAUAUUUAUAGAUUUGUCUCAAUUGGGAAAUUUCAAAGAAUUGUGAGACAAAUAUAUCUUUUUAGUUUCAGUAUUGCUGUACAUGACAUUUUUCUAAAAAUAGCAAAUCUAAUUACCCCUAAUGGUUUUACAUUUUGCUAUAUAUUCAAGUGAAGCUGUUUGCUAACUUAAUAUAUUUUGUAAAAGUUCAAUUAGAUUAUUACCUACUUUUAUAUUAUUCAUUAUAUAACCAUAGACAUACAUCAUAUGUUUUUUUUAAAUUUAUAGUUUUGAUAUUAAAUAAAACAUGGAGUUUGAUGAUCUACUUUUGUGUAAGUUUUAUUUACUGAACAAAUCCAUCUAAACAAAAUAUUCAUGUUUCUCUUAUGAAUAUUUUGUUUUGUCACUUAACCUUAAAACUUGUAAGUUUUAUUGUUUAUUCUGUUCUCCUUCUCUUAAUGAACAUUCAAUCAUAAUAUGGCUGUAAUUGUAAAAGUUUGAAUAGAGCAAAAUGAUGUAAAACAAAGCUGCAUUGAUAUACUUUUUCUAACAUUUGACCUCAUGAUUGAGAAAAGAAUUAAAUAUGGAGUUUUUCUUUCAGUAUUAUGAUAAGUUUAGUCAUAAGCAAAUAUAUUGAAAUAAAUUAUUAUUGGCUGAAAAAUUCAAGGUUUAAACACUUUUAUCAUAUUGCUUCACAAAAAUUGUAGCUCUUUGUUUUUCAAACUAUUUAGAAAAUACUUGAUUAAAAAAAAAAGUUAUUAAAUGAAAAACAUUUAAUCUUUUUAACAUUUUGGCAUAUUCUGUUGUAAAGAAAUAAAGUCAGGAAUUAUUCGGCUUGUCUUUAAACCUUAAACUUUGUAUCCAUUCAUUAGUUUUGUCUUGAAACUAUUUAAAGGAAUUAGACACACAUAAAGAUACGGCUACUGGGUGUGUAUCUUUGAUUUGGAUAUUCAGCGAUUUGAUCACAACAUUGCAUGUUGACUGACAAAUUUAAGAUUUCGUCUCUCAACUUCACCCUUUGAAACAUGUUCACUUGUUAUUUGAAGUGUCUGUGUAAGCAAUUAAAAACAAUUUAGGUCUGAAAUUUUAGAAAUGUAUUAAACCAAAGAUAGGGAUUUAAAAACAUUUUCAGCACUUUCAAAUCCCUGUCACACAAAAGACAACACUGACAGCACUAAUUACAUACAUUUUUUGAUCAUUAAUAUAUCAUAUUCACUUCAGUUCGUGUGUUUUCUGUGCUUAAGGCAAAAUAUUCAGACGGCUAACUGACUCACUUCAAAUCCUCUUAUUGAACUGAGACUUGUUGCAGAUGACAACGCCUUCUUUCAAAUUUUCAGCCCCAACCCCCAAAAAUCAGUGUUAACUGUUUUUCAAGGGGAAAGAUAUUAUAUGAAAUGUGAUUUGUUUAAUGGUUGCAUGUUUUGGUGUGGAGAUUAAUUGUGCAGCUUUUGCAGUGUGUUUUCUAUUUGUGACUUAUUUGGGCAUGCAGUAAAAAUAGUUUAUUUUUGAAGGGGGAAAAUGAUGGAAAUAUGAAAUGUGUUUUUUGCCAGAAGUUUCCCCAUAUACAUAACUGCUUCCUAAUCAAUGGUAAAUCACAUAGGAUUACAAAAAUUGCAACACAAAUGCACACAAAACAUUUAUACAAAAAACUUGUUUUUAGGGGUUGUUUAAUUUAAAAUAUAUAUAGACUAUAUUUUUAAAAAAUUUGCUUUAAAAAAAAGGUGCAUUACCUGUAACUAAAAAUUUUUUUUUUUCUAUUUGCUAAAAAAAAAUGCAUUACCUGUAACUAAUAAAAAAAUUUUUUUUUACAAUUGUCUUAUUUGAAGAAGCACAUUUAAAUUUAAUUUGUGAAGAAAAAAAAAGUAUUUUAAUUUAGCUUUUACUUCUUUACAGUUUAAUAGAGUUUUCCUCUCCACACAGGUAUUAUUGAUGCACCAGCAAACAUGAGAAGCAACUUGAGCAUCUUGAGUGGGAUCUGUCCCAACUGCCAGAAGAGGUUGUUCUUUGCAGAGCACGAGGCAAGUGUGGAGUGCACAGGAUGUGGCCAGAGGCAUACUCAGGGCAAGUUAAGGAACUUGGAGAGGGUGCCGGAGGUAGGAGUAACAAUGACUCAGUUUGUUCUCAUGUGUAGGAGUGCUAGUGAUGCGUCCUAUGUUGUUUGUUCUCAUGUAUAGGAAAACUAGUGAUGCAUUCUAUGUUGUUUGAUCUCAUGUGUAGGAAAGCUAGUGAUGCGUCCUAUGUUGUUUGAUCUCAUGUGUAGGAAUGCUAGUGAUGCGUCCUAUGUUGUUUGUUCUCAUGUGUAGGAGUGCUAGUGAUGCGUCCUAUGUUGUUUGAUCUCAUGUGUAGGAAAGCUAGUGAUGCGUCCUAUGUUGUUUGAUCUCAUGUGUAGGAAUGCUAGUGAUGCGUCCUAUGUUGUUUGUUCUCAUGUGUAGGAGUGCUAGUGAUGCGUCCUAUGUUGUUUGUUCUCAUGUAUAGGAAAACUAGUGAUGCAUCCUAUGUUGUUUGUUCUCAUGUGUAGGAAUUCUAGUGAUGCGUCCUAUGUUGUUUGUUCUCAUGUGUAGGAAUGCUAGUGAUGCGUCCUAUGUUGUUUGUUCUCAUGUAUAGGAAAACUAGUGAUGCAUCCUAUGUUGUUUGAUCUCAUGUGUAGGAAAGCUAGUGAUGCGUCCUAUGUUGUUUGAUCUCAUGUGUAGGAGUGCUAGUGAUGCGUCCUAUGUUGUUGGUUCUCAUGUGUAGGAAUUCUAGUGAAGCGUCCUAUGUUGUUUGUUCUCAUGUGUAGGAAUACUAGUGAUGCAUCCUAUGUUGUUUGUUUUUAUGUGUAGGAAUACUAGUGACUUCCCCUAUAUUGUUUGCUGUCAAAGGUAGCAAUAAUGACAGUUGUCCCCAUUUGUAGAAUUAACUGGGCAAACUGUGUUUAGGCUUUAAGGAAUGUUUAUAAAAGUCUCAUGAUAAGACCCUAACUACUUAAUUUCCUGCCAUCUUGUCAUCACCUUCUUCUUUGUCAUAUUAUUUUUAAUUUAAUUAAGUUGUAGGACUUGGGUUUUCUCAGCUUUUGUGGAUGGAUGGAGUGUUACUCACCAUUUUAUCUUAUAAUAUUUUGUGUUAAAAUAAUGCCUCUGGUAUAUGUCAGGAUGAGGAGGAGAGCUGCAUUACUUUAAGCAUAUACGAUGUAGUUUCAGUUAAGAUUCUGGGGUGCAACAUUCAUUUUCGUUUGUAAAGUCAGAAAUAAUUUUGGGUGUGUAAAAAUGGGAAAGCUGUGUGUCAGAAUUUUGUACACGUUACAGGAUGGAGUAGUUAAAGAAUCUAUGUGCUGGCCAGCUCAGUAAUGCAUGGCACAUCAUGUGCAUAAACUUUAUUUCAGCAAAUGAGUGGUGUGUUUGAAGCCAUAGAGACUUUGCUCCAGAAGUUGAAGCAGAGUGAAUCUGAACAGAAGCCGAACAUAGACCAAGUAUCCUUGAAAGUAAAUGGAUUGUCCAACUACCUGUGUGCCAUUCUGUCCCCACUGCUUACAGACUACGGUAUGGACAAAGCCACUGGACGGUGAGUAAAGCGGAACUUAACUGGAUAAUGAAAUAUCAUAAUUUCAAUGUCAUGAUUUCUUGCACAAGAAUUUUUAUUGCACUAGUUGGAGAUUUAAAUAUAUAAUGAAUAAGCAUAUUUUAAAUUAACUAUUUUGAAAAUGUGUCUAACUGUACUAGAGUAUUUUCAUGACUUAGAUACUCUCAUAGAACAGCUUCUUCUUUAAUUUUUUUUUUUUUUUUUUUUUCUUUUUGUAGGUUUUUUUUUUGAAAUUAUUUUUUUUUUUUUUUUUUUUUAUUUUUUUUUUUUUUUUUUUUUCCAUUUUGAAGGAUCUUUUUCAGAAAUUAAUUGUUUUUAUUUUUUCUUUAUAAAAGGGCCAAACUCUUAACAGAAAUGGGAAAAGGGCAAAUCUUUGACUGCGCCCAGCUUGGAGACAGAGCUUUUCUAAUAGAACCUGAGCAUCUCUCUAUGCCUGGCUAUGGUCAAGAUCGCAGUGGAAGCUAUGACUAUCUGAGGGACACAUUAAAUUUGAUUAAGGUGAUUUUAAUUAGGUUUUUUCGAAAAUUACUCAUUAUUUUAGAGCUGAAAUUUUUUUAAUGUUAUUUUUAUUUCUUACAAAAAAAAAAGUUUUUUUAACAAAAUCUUAAUUUGAAUAUCUGUAUUUAUUAUUUGGGACAAUAGUUUGUUGUAUAUUGAGUUGAUAACAGUAUGUACUAUCAGAAUCUGGGAGAAUAGUUUUUGCUAUAUUGAAUUGAUAUUUGUAUUAAUAUUAUUUUUGGUCCCUUCGCAUGCCAAGAUGGCCACGGAAAUGUGCCACUUGAGUUGUAGCCUUGAUCUGAGCUGUAUUUUGUUUAUUGUGAGGGAGCCUCACUUUCUAGUCUUUGUCUAUUUGAUCUAGUGACAAGACUUAGUCAAGACCACUGGAAAAUAGACAAGUGUUUCAAUGCACUCUUUAUGUCACAGGAGUUGUCAGAAUUUUCAUUGUGUCGAUGCCACACCACCUACAGGGCUCCUCGUCAGGGUGUGAUUUCAGAGUUUGCCUUCUCUUAGAUGAGUUGACAUGCCAUCAUUAAGCUUAUUUUUUUUUUAAAAUUAUUUUUUUUUAGCUAAAUUCCCAUCCCCCCUCAUUGGUCCUUUGGUUUUCUUCUGUAGCUUGAUAAUGAGAACGAGGAGCGACUGGUUCCCAUCCACGCUGACGGGGACGGCCAUUGUCUUGUGCAUGCCGUCUCCCGAGCACUGGUAGGGUGGCAGCUCUUCUGGCACCCGCUGAGAGUCAACCUGAUGAGGCAUUUCCAGGAAAACUUUACCAAGUACCAGAUGCAGUUUCAGGUGAGCCUCUGUGGUGUAUGGCAUUAAACUGUACACCUUUAGGAUUCUUUGGUGUCGGCAGCCUAUAUUUUCUUCAUACAUUCGUUUGCCUUCCGGGAAAGAAAAAAAAAGGUAUUUUUAAGUUGACAGACAAAGUCUGAGUCAUCUUCAUAAAAAAUAAUUUACAUUGUCCAGCAAUCAUGUAAGAUUAAUAGAUUCCAACUCGGAUUUACAACAAUUUAAAAAAAGUAUUAAGUUUACAUGACACAGGCUAGAUCAGUUGAUUAAGUUGUUUUAAUUAGGUUUCUUCAAAAAUUGCUAAUUAUUUUAGAACUGAAAUUCAAUUCUGUUAGUGCAUAGUGAAACCAAUUUAUUUCCAGGACUUUAUUGACGCCAGUGAGUGGCAACUUAUAAUUAAAGAAUGUGAUCCAAAUUUUGUCCCCAACGGUGCAGAGCCAACUGGCCUCAGGAAUAUUCAUAUUCUAGGCCUGGCCAAUGUCCUGAAGCGGCCAAUCGUAUUGCUGGAUUCGCUGGAGGGUAUACAGAGCUCCGGGGAUUACUCUGGUGAGGAAGAUGGAAAUAUUGGUCUGUAGAAAGGAGUUUGGGUUUUAAAGUUAACUUUUCAUGAGUGCUUUUGAAGAAGUAUAGGGGAAUGGGAUACUAAUUUAAUUAAUGUUUUAUUGAUUUGUCUUAUGCCAGAAUUGUAAACUUAUGUAUUUUGAUGGCUUUGGGGUUAGAAUUGCUGUCUACUUUAAUCAGAUCAUAUACAGCCAAAAUGAACCAUUAAUUAUUUGUCUCAUGAUGUGCUCUAAGUAUGUCAAGCAGUGUAUUCAGACCAGGGUGUCAACUUAGGAACUAUAUUUUUGAUAUCCCCCACAUUUGGAACUUGGUUAUAUUUUUGUUUAGUUCCAUAGCCUCAGCUGCUACUCAAAUUCCAUAAUACUUGAUAAUUUGCUGUUUAAGAUUAAACAUGAAUUUUAAUUUUUGUUGUUGCUUUUAAUAAAAAAAAGAAAUUUACUUACAUUUUUCUACAGCUAUUUUCUUACCUUGCUUCUCUCCCCCAUCUGAAUGCAUGAACAAGGAUGGGAUCUUGAACAACCCUAUUUGCAUUGCCUGGAGCAGUCCAGGGAGAAAUCACUUCAUACCAUUAGUUGGGGUCAAAGGUCUGUUUUUGUUAUCUUACCCUACUCUUUAUCAGUUAGCAUUGAGCCCUGCUAUAAUGCAAUGAUUGGGGUCCAUAAGAUCAGAUGGCACUAAGAGCGGGGUUAUGUUAAUGUUGUGUUUUACAAUAUGACGCGUGAAUAGUGCUGUGAUUUUUAGAAAAGUAGGAAGACAGGUUAUUUUAUUAAAUUUAUAAACUGAUUUUUUAAUCUCUUGUGGUAAGUGAUUUGUGAGGUGUUGAGCUAAUUUUAGUAGUUCUAUAAUGGUGUUGUAUGUGAAUAUAUGUAUUUUGUACUUCUUUUUUUCAAGUACUUUGAAAUAAUAUUAAUUUUCAUGUGUGGCUGAAUAUUCAAAUAUUCGUGAGCCAUGCCGCAAUGGCAUUAUAUCCUAAUUCAUGUUAUAGUGGAGGCGCUUUAUCUUCCACUGUAUUAAAAUUUAGAACUAAAAAGUUACACUAUUUACUGGCUCUGGAACCGAAAUUAAACUACUUUGCCAUAUUAUCAAAAUGUUCCUGUCUCAUAAAAACGUUAUGAACAGGUUCUUUCCAUCAGACCCUCAAUAACAUGAUACGUGUGAACUUGCUUAUCUUGAACUCGGUUAACUCGCCAACCCUGUUAUGUCAACGUCUUUGCCUGUGCAUUUCCUCCUCUGUUAUGUCGAUUCUUUUAUGUCGCCGAACCCUGAUAUCUCAAGCACAAAAGGCAUUCAAAUUUGCCCCUUAACCUCGGUUAUCUCGAUCCCCAAGACCAUUCGCCGGCUUUUGAACUCUGCAAGAAGAAAAGGCAAACAACAAAGAAAUAAGUUUUUCAUAAUUAAAAAUAAUUAUUUAUUUCUCUAAAUACAGGACUUGUGUUUUAGAAUGAACCUAGAAGUAAUUUAAAUAAAUAUACUUUAAUUCGAGGUUUAAAAACCUGGUAGAGUCCAUAUUAUAAAUGCUCAUAAUUUGCUGUGUUUAAAACUUUGUCAUGGGCAGCCAUUCACGGUCACUUACAUAAUGGCUAUGCCGUGGUACUAUGUCAGAGUUUCAUUCAUAACAGUUUGCCGUGUGAUUGGCCAGGAAGAUAAUAAACAAAAUCACACUUUAAAAAUUCGUAGCUCUAAAGUAGUAAAGUUAAAAAGUUGGUUCUGGUUUAAUUUUUUUUUUAAAUUUGAAAUUUGCUAUAAAUAACUGUAAUAUUAAAAAAAAAUAUUUAUUAUGUUUUUACCGAAGUACCUGCAUUUAUUAACGCACAUCAUGUACAUAAAGAAAGUUCAAGCACAUGUUUAUAUAUUGCCGCCAUAUUGGUUUUCGGUUAUCUUGAUCAUCGGUUAUCUCGACGCUUUUUGGCAAACCCAGAGGCCGUCGACAUAACCGAGUUCUACUGAAUUGGGUGUUUCAAUCCAGCAAAUGUGUCUUCUCAUUGAAAGGUAAAAAAUGCCCCGUGUUGUCAAGGCACAUGAUUCAGAGAGCCUGGGGUAUCUCAGACCUUGAGAUUGACAAGUAUGUGCACUUUGAUGUCAACGGAUUUUGUCAGAUAGGUGGAGAGAAGGUGCUGCAGGUGAGAAUGUCAGCACGCUCAGUGUAAUUGUUAUAUCAUUAAUGGAGAGAAGGUGCUGCAGGUGAGAAUGUCGGCGCGCUCAGUGUAAUUGUUAUAUGAUUAAUGGAGAGAAGGUGCUGCAGGUGAGAAUGUCGGCAUGCUCAGUGUAAUUGUUCUAUGAUUAAUGGAGAGAAGGUGCUGCAGGUGAGAAUGUCGGCACGCUCAGUGUAAUUGUUCUAUGAUUAAUGGAGAGAAGGUGCUGCAGGUGAGAAUGUCAGCAUGCUCAGUGUAAUUGUUAUAUGAUUAAUGGAGAGACGGUGGUGCAGGUGAGAAUGUCGGCAUGCUCAGUGUAAUUGUUAUAUGAUUAAUGGAGAGAAGGUGCUGCAGGUGAGAAUGUCGGCAUGCUCAGUGUAAUUGUUCUAUGAUUAAUGGAGAGAAGGUGCUGCAGGUGAGAAUGUCAGCAUGCUCAGUGUAAUUGUUAUAUGAUUAAUGGAGAGAAGGUGCUGCAGGUGAGAAUGUCAGCAUGCUCAGUGUAAUUGUUAUAUGAUUAAUCUGCUAAAACGCUCCCCUCUCUCUACACUUCUUCUUCUUCUUAUAUUUGAGGGCCCCACGAUCAAUUUGUUGAUCAUUCUUGUGCACAUACACACUCUCGUACACACACUCUUACAAUUAUUUCUUGUAUGGUUAAAUGAAUGAUACAGUGGGAAAUUUCAUUAUCUUGUCAUUUUAUUUUUCAGCUUUAGAGCUCAUCAGUCUAAAUGUUUAAAUUAAAAUCAGUGCAAACAUGUUUGCUUCUAAACUUUUGAUUAAAAUAAAUUUCUCUUCUAAUUAACUGAAAUGUUUUUUCUUUGACUCCCUGAUUAUAAUUAAUUUGAUUAAAAUUCAGUAAUUUUUGUGGUGUGUACACAGGCAGGAUAUUUCCAGCGCCUGGUUUCAGCAAUGUCUGACAUAUUUUAUGAAAAGUAUCAUGUGUCCUCUGCCCUCCUUGCCGACGUUUAUCAACAGAUUUUUAAAGCUAAUGGUGAGCUAUCCAAUUUUAACUUAAGUAGAACACCUUUGCUCAAGGUUAUUGAAAAUUUUGGGGGAAGGGGAGGGGGGGGGAAGAAAUGUCUUUCAAUAUUUAAUAUCAGCUGUUGCAAUAGUUUUAUAAUAAAUAUAUUUAUUUUUCAUAUUUUAAUUUGUUCAAGUAAUUUGUUUUAAAUUUCAUUGAUAAAAAUGUUAUUAAGUUUUAAAAAAAUUUUUUAUCAACAAAGUUCAUAAUCAAAGUUUGACUUUUUAUUAUUUAUUUCUAAUUAUCUAUUGUUUCUUGUUUCGUAUUGUCUGCUGAGGAAAGCAUCUUGCCGAAACUUACUUUUUAUUGUUUUGUCUUUACAUUUCAAGCCUAAACAUAUCUUAGUUCCACUGUUUUCUUAAUUUCAUCUAUAAUGCAGAAUGACUACUUUUAUUAUUCAAAUCACUCCUCAUUUUGUUACCUACCUGUUCUUCAACCUCUCAGAUAUCUAAAUGUUUUUCUUUGAGAUCCAUGCAUGAAUACCUCCUGCAUGAACCAGUUUCUCAAUUUCUCCUUUUUCUGCAUUUCCAUGAAAACACUCUCUUUGGCUGCUUAAAUGUUUAUUUUAGAUUCCUUGCCUCCAUUUGAUUCCAUGUUUUUCUUUUUAGUCAAUAUCUGGUCAGCAUUUUACUCUAUACAAUUUUUGUUUGUAACUCAGGGCUGGUCUUUGGAAUGGAUCUUGAGUUCCUGCUGGAGAAGACCAAGGCAAGCAUAGACGAGGGCCUUCUCUUCAUCUGCCUGUCCUGUCACAGCCUGGGCUUUGCCAGUGUCAUCAGUGAAGACUGGUGUUACCCAGGGGGAGAACUCUAUGAACUUGCAAAGACUCACGGAAAGCUGAAAGAUCAACAGCAGUACUCGUUUCCCCUUCAUGGUGAGGAGAUACAAAAAUAAUAGCAAAAUAUGUUAAAAAAUAUAUAUAUUUAUGCAUUUAAAAUAAUUUCUCUAUAUGAGAUCCUCUCACGGAUGUUAAAUGAUAAAAUAGCUUCACUUAUGAUUCCAAAAAAUAAGAACGAGUUACUUGUUGCCUUUUUAAAAAAUCUCUCAGAAUUGUGCUUCCACCUUUUUUUAAAACCCAUUCACUAAUUUACAAGCGAAAAUAUUGCUGAACUAUGAAAACUCUUUUGUGUCCUGGAGAGAUCCAUUUCAAAUAAACAACUGUCAAACAUAGAAUCCUUUUCACUUCUAUGGUCACAUGGCAGCUGAUGACAAACGCAAUUCCGUUUUAAAGAUGCAAGAGUUUCAGUACUGCUAGUUUUGGGUGCAUGCUGUGUAUACAUUUCUUUAUUAACUCUAACAAAAGAUCACCUGACAUUUUUUAUCAACUUUAACAAAAGAUUGACUGACCAUGCUGAAAAAAAUAAAAGAUUUAAAUUUCAAAGCUUUGGGAAGGUUUUUUUUUUCAUUAAAAAAAUACUUCAACAAUUUCCUCUCCGCAGAUGUGAUAGCAAGCUACGAUGCCUGCCUGGAUAAACUAGUUGUAGUGAAGGGAAGCCACAAGCCCUCUUCCUGUUUGUACUGUAACAGGUUAGAAAUGCAAUUUUUAUUCUUUUCUGCUGUGAUCACCGCCAGCACAUGGCUAAGAUAUGAUUUUUAAAUGAUUUUUUUUUAUUGUGGCUCACAAACGGGUACAGCUUCGAAUGGACUUCUGUGCACUUGGCUUGUUGGCUUAUUUUAACUCUUUCCCUCCGGAAUUAUUUUCCACGUUCUGACGGAAUUAUCUAUUUCGGGUUUUUGUUGCGCGCUACUAUGUUUUCUCUAAACCUUCAUAACUUUUUUGUUUUUAAUCAGAAAAUGUUAAUAUUGGUAUGGAAUUAAAGGGAAAUGCAUGCUCCUUGCAAACAAACAAGAUUUGGGUUUAAAUUUUAAUAAAUAAAUGUGAUUGUGAUUUAAGGAAAAUAAAAAUCUAUUUAAAAAAACUCACCAAAUGUUCACAAAACGCUCCUUUGAAGUCACACGAAGAGAAAUAUAUAAUCCAAAGUGUAACAAAAAUGUUUUUUUUCUGAACUAUAUUCAUAUGUGCAUCACAAAUAAUAAAGAUCAACUUUCAAAAAAGAAAAAAUUAAACCUCAGAGCACAUUAUCCAUUGUCACCACCACACAAAAAAUUAGGAAAAAAAUUCAACUAAUUCCACUGGAGACAAUCUGUUGCUAUUUAAAAAAUAAUUGCACUGUAUAAAUUAAACCUCAGAGCACAUUAUCCAUUGUCACCACCACACAAAAAAUUAGGAAAAAAAUUCAACUAAUUCCACUGGAGACAAUCUGUUGCUAUUUAAAAAAUAAUUGCACUGUAUCCUUGAAUGUACUAAAAUUUAUAAUAGUAAAUGGAGAAUUUACCAUACAUUAGUCACAUAUUUCCAUCUGGGUUUAGCAAUAGUAAGCCUAAAAAACAAUCCAUAUGGAUGUGCCCUUUAGCUGGGGGGGCGGGGCUGGUUGUUCAUCAGCUGAUGAAUUACUAAUUUCAUUAUUUUGUCACUAGUACUACUAAUACUAGUACUAGGAUUAUGAUCAUACGAUUCGACAGAAUCAGCCUCUGCAUUUGAAAUAAUAAAAUCACUGUCUGAAUCAUCACAAGAGUAAUAUUUUCCACCUUUAUUGGAUUGAUCACCAGAUGGGUCAGGUCAAGAUUUCAUGUUUGUAAACUAAAAUAAAAUGGACAAUCAAAACAACCGCUUCAAACAAUUCGUUUUUCGCUCAAUCACAGUAAAACCGGAUGUUUAUGAAAGGGAAAUCAUUCUAGAAUUGAUUUAAAAUAACUAAAUACCGAUAGCUAAGAAAAGAACCGAAAUAAACAGGUUUUUAUACAUCGACGAUCCCAUCGUCGAUACGCCGAACUCUUCAUUUCAAAUCGACGAUGGGAGCGUUGAUCCGGAGGGAAAGAGAACUAAAUACCGAUAGCUAAGAAAAGAACCGAAAUAAACAGGUUUUUAUACAUCGACGAUCCCAUCGUCGAUACGCCGAACUCUUCAUUUCAAAUCGACGAUGGGAGCGUUGAUCCGGAGGGAAAGAGUUAAUAAUUAAACCAGGGCUGAGGCCCCAACCUUAUAGACAUAUUUUUGUGUAAAGCAUCUCCAAAUUCUUUUGCAACUCAUUCCCUCCGACAGUGCUCUUCCAUACCGGUACUAAAUUUAUUUUCCUGAGAAAAGGGAAGCAACUCAGUUUUGACAUUGAUUUACAUUUUUAAAAUAUUUUUUUAAGCUGCUAAAUAUAAAUAAAUGUUAAUGAAUUAAGGACGAAUGAAUCAAAAAAUGAAUAAGAUUUUAUAAAAAAUACAACAUUAGCGGCGACAAAAUUAUGAACAAUGGCCAAAAAAAUUGAUUUUUGGCACCUCGGACAAACACAUGCUAGAUAUAGACGCGCCUUACUAAAGCACACGUAGUUUAAAGUGAAACAAGAUAAAAACUUUCGGUUUUUCAAUUAAAAUCACGGAGAAUCAUGCCAUAGCUGGAAAUCUUGAGGGACAUGAGAUUUCAUUGCUAUUUUUAAUUAAUUAUAAGAGAGGUGUGUCGCUAUGCGCCAGGACGCAUUUGGACGCAUCCGUCGAAACCCCCAAAGGACGCAUUUAUUCACAACCUUCGGGAAUGAGUUAAAGAACCCAACAUUUUCGCUCUAAAAACACAUAUUCAGUGUAGCUUACCAAUUUUAAUUUUUUUGCAUAUUUUAUAUCCAUCACUUGUAUUUAAACAUAAGAAGAAACAGCAAAUGUUGAUGUGAGAAUAUGAUUUAACCAAAAAAAAUUUUGUUUAAACUUGUCAGUUACUGAAAAUUUCAUACAUCAACAUUUACUCAUCUUGAAAGAUACUCCAAUAUUUACACAUUCUUUAAAAAAAAAAUUUAGUUUGACCUUUCUUUACUCUGACUACUGCAGCAAGACUUUCCGCCUGGUGGAUGCUGACUACACUGUGCAUUAUGAGAACAAGGACAAGACCAUGACAAAAUCAAAAACAUGCCAGUGUGGCUUUAAGCACUACUGGGAGGGCAAGGAGUAUGAUGGCUUUCCUAAAUUGUAAGCAAUAUUCUAGCACAGCAUAAGACAGCUUGUCAAACAUGCCAGUGUUUUGUCUUGUUGACGGUCAUCCCUGUUUGUUUGAAAAAAAAGCAUAAAGAAAUAGCUAUAGAAAACAAAAUAAAUUUAGCCGGAAGACUUAAGCAAAUUUGUGUUUUAAUUCAUGGAGUGCAUAUUUAAAUUGAAUUUAGCAAGAGUCUCACAUACCAACAUUUUUUUAACAACAAUUUUUGCAUUUCUUAUAUUAUUUUAAGAAAGAACAAAUUGUAUUUUUAAAUUAAUUGAAAUACUAUGAAAUGGACCAUCAGCGUUUUCCGUCAUUUCAGGAUUUAAAUAACUUUCUCCCCCACGAUAACUUUACAAAUGCUGCAUUUACUUAAUGAUUUGAGCCUUUUUAUGUUAUCAUUACUUUCUCACUGGAUAAUUCACAGCCUCACUGUUCAGAUGGACUGGGGAGAUCGGUCCAUCAAGGCCCAGGUAGAUUGGUUCCAAGACCAAGAAGAUCCCAGUCUCAACAGCAAUGCCUACGAGAUAGCCCAGAACCUUGUGCAGGCUCACUUUCCUGGUAAGUCCAGUACCUUGUUCAGGCUCACUUUCAAGGUAAGUCCAGUAUAUUGUCCAGGCUCACUUUCAAGGUAAGUCCAGUAUAUUGUCCAGGCUCACUUUCCAGGUAAGUCCAGUACCUUGUUCAGGUUUGCCUUUUAAAUAUAUAACACAGUGUUAUUGGUACUUCACAGCCACCUUGAAAUAACCCAUGCUAUGGAAUUCCCUUGAUUUGCAAUAAGAUUACUGUCCUGGAUCAAAUGUCACAAAUUCAGUUGUAUAUUACACAUAUAUUUAUUUAGAUAAAUUUUCUAAAAUAUGAUGUUUUUAGAGAAAAAUGGGGGCAUGAUUAUGAAAUCAGAUUAUUUUCCCCACUGCAGGAGAGUUCGGCAGUGAGAGGCUAGUGCAGAAGGUGGUGGAGCAGAUCCUGCGCCAAACGAACAAACCUGAAGCAGAGAAGAGUGCUCAGCGAGAGGUGAGGGGUGCUGCAGGCACGUCAGCCUCUAACGAGUCUGCAUCUGUUGAUGAGGAGGAGCAAGCUGGUUGGUCGCCGCACAAGGCGACGAAAGCAAUACUCACUGGACUGCAGGUCUGUCUCACAGUUAACUUCCUGAAAUCUAAGAGAUAAAUAUAUUUAUAGUUUCUAAGGAACUUAAAGUAAAACAAAAUGUAUAGAAAUUUCAGUAAAAAUUUCAAUUUACAUUUUUUUUAAAACUGUUUGUAUAGGGAAUUUCUGUUCAAAAUGUUAAAAUGUUAUCUAGAAAUGUUUGUCAAUUGAUGUUUCAACUUAUAGCUCAAAUAGAGUUUGAAAAUAAUUUUUUUUUAAAGGGUUCAUUAACUCCAUAAAAUUACAAUGUGGAGUUUUAAAAAAAAAGCGACAUUUUGGUUCUAUGAAAACCAAAAUAUUUUUGCUUGUGUUAUUUUUUGCCCUAGAAUUUAUUUUUUAUAAUUGAACCAAAGUUAUUGUCCUAUUUUAAAUUUUUUUUUAGGUUUUUGCACUGACCGCGUACAACUGGAAGCCUAUGAUAAUGUUAAUCACUUUGGUGGUCCAUGUUGGAUAGGGUAUAGGCAAAGUUGGGGCCAGGGCUGCAAAAGUCAGCCGAUGAUAUCAAGCAGAUUGUUCUUGUAUAUUUAUAAACUGUGCGGACUGGAAGCAUGUCCCUUUUUUUUUCCUCUGUCGUUUUUCUGAUUUUUUAUUUUUCAAAAAGAAAAACAAUACUCUUUGUAAACAUAACCAACUCAUGCUAAAAAGAAAAUAGGUGAAAGUGACUUGUGCGGCCUUGGUUGUGUCAGUGUGAAAAGUUAAGUCAAGGAAUGGUCAUGACACCACCCUGCGUAACAGUCUCUUGCCAUUUCACAGAGACAGAGUGUGCACAAGGAGGAACUCAACAAGAGCACAGCGGAGCGCAGAGUCCAGCAGCAGAUUGAAGCCAAUGCAUCAAAGCAACAACGAAAACUUUCUGACCAGAUGUCGCAGGAGGGGCGGCACACGUCUGAACAAGGGUCACGGGUAGGUUUCAGCUUGAGAGCAAGGCAGGCAAAAUGGUUUUAAAAUAAACCAAUGUCAAAGCGAUAUUGGAACUUUCAAAAAGAGGCUAGAAGAAAUGUAAAUUCAAAAACCGUUUUGUUCUGAAAAUCCUAGAGGUUUUGUUGGUUCGGAAUACCCUACAGAUUUUGUUGGUGCGCAAUAUCCUCAUUUUAAGUUUAACUGGAUGGAGUUCAUUAGGACAGUUGAAUUGUCUCUGAGGUUUAGGUACAGGUAUGUAAGUGAUUUAUAAUUAUUGGGUGUCCCAUGCAUGGAUUCACUAUGGUGUUUGUAUAAUUUAUCACUUGUUUGCUGAUGGUCUGUGUGAAAAGGAUCCUCCUGACCCUCAUUUUAUUUUUCAGAUUUUUUUAGCUUGGUUAGUUUAUAUUAUUUAAUUUGAUACACCGUCUCUGUUAAAAGUAUCUAAGUUAGGAUUAUCAUUUGAUCAGUUUUUAAGAUUUGUCCUUUUAACCCAAUAGUUCAGCCAUUUAAUCAGUCAAAGAACUUUUUUUGUCCUUCUCUUCUUUUAAAUAGAAAACACCAGAGCGAAAGCUUCACCAGUCCCCUCCACCAUCUCCCCCUGCUGCCUCUGUUCGCCAGUCCCCACCCCCAUCAUCAUCGUCUGCAACGUACUCCCAGGCUCCUUCUUCUGCGGCAGCUGCCGGGGCAACAAGCUCCACAACUCCGACGGGCAGCGGUGGAGCGUCAGAGUUAUCAACCCCUACCAACAAGAGAAUCAGACUCUCCACAUCUGAUGGUAGAAACGUAAGAAAUUGAUGACUUUAAUUCUGGGCCCUUGUUUUGAAGUAAAAACACUUGAUAGAUAAUCUGUUAGCACACUCUCCCUGAGAAUCUUUUAGCACUCACUGAGAAUCUGUUAGCACUCGCUCACUGAGAAUCUGUUAGCUCUCCCUCACUGAGAAUCUGUUAGCACAUGCUCAAAACCAAUUUUUUCUUCUAACUUGAGAUUUAUAUAUUUCAAAUAAGUGAAGUUGUUACUUAACUGAUGUUACUUAACUGAAAAAGUGUUCUACUCUUCAUAAAAAAUAAUAAUUUUCAUUAAAAAAAAUAAUGUUAAAAGACUUAAGUUUACAAAAGUCAAAAUUUUCAGCAUCACUGAAAUAUUUUCUGAGGGUAUUAUUUGAGACACAGAUGCCCAACAUGUGCCAGGUGGUAUUUUAACUCUUUUGAUGCGGAACAACGCACACUGCGUUCUCCCGCCGUUCUCAAAAGCACAGACCAACGCGCUGUGUGUAGUUUCAAUAUCAUGUUUGUUUCUUUGCUAUUUCUCGGUUAAACUUUUUAAGAGCUAUUUUUAAAUAAGACUUUUACAUAGAAGAGUGGUACUUCAUUGUUUAUAAGCGAAACCAAGGUUUAUUUGUUGUCAUUUGAAGCAUUAUUUUAAUGAUUGUCUUCACUUUUUUUUUUUUUCUUUGGUUGCUAUGGCUGCUCUAGGCCCUAGAAGGAGAAUAAGUUUCCUAGACGAUGAACAGCUCAAAAAGUUUUGGAAUAAUUUUAUUUCUUUUGAUAGUGAAGAUGAUUUAUAUUUAGAACCAUCACAUGAUUCCGAUAGUAGUAGUUUUAGAGGAUUUGAGUUAUAGAAGUGAAGAUGAGGCAUGUGUACAUCAAAGGGUUUGGGGGAAAAAUGGUUUAGCAUACCAUGUUUUCAAAUUUUAUGGUUCUCUUCUGUAACUUAUUUUAUUUAAACUGAAGAAAUAAGUUUACAAACAUAUUGUCCUUUCAAUUAUCUUUCAUUUGAUACCAAGUUUAGUCUUAUAAACGAAAGAAUAAUAUUUUAAAUUUUUUUUUUUUUAUAAACCCAACCUCUCACUCUUUUUCGCUCUUCGAAAAAAUUAAAAAAAUUUUCUAUAAAAAAAAUUCCGCUGCAAAAGAGUUAAGGGUUGAAGGGGAAAAUAUGAUUAAAAUUGAAGCCAGUUUAAGAAUCUUUAAAGGCCAUUUUUAUUUUGUGGUUAGUGCAAGACUAUUUGGUAGAUUGUAGAUAAUAAAUGAGAUUAGGGAUGCCAAAGCAAAACUUAAUUUUAAUGUGUCAACCACUUAACACCUUUAUUCUUUAGUGGAUUUAUGACUUUGUGGUUUUAUUAGAAAUAAUUUAGUCAAAUUAGAAUUGGUGUGCAUAAAUUACUUUAUAAAUGAAUGUCAAGAUUUUUGACAAUUCAUAUAGAAGAACAUGUGUCAAUUAAUUUAAAAAAACAGUUGACCAAGUUAAAAUACAAAAUUUCUAGUCAUUGGAUAUACAUGUACAGCAAUUUUCUUCUUCAGAUCACGCUUGACCUCCCAUCAGAAUGCACAUUUCUUGAGCUGCAGUCCCUCAUAACGGAUGCUGUUGAUGUCCCCUCGGCAAAACAGAAGAUCAGGUAUGGGUUCCCUCCCCGUGAGCUCAAACCCCCAGCGACCCCCGAGGGUGACUACAAGGUGCCGAUCCAGCCUGGCGACAAAAUCACGCUGGAUAUCCUGCAUCCCCUGGCGCAGGACAAGCCUGCAGCCAAGAUGACAAAACCAGGUAUGAGGUUUGGAUUUAAGAGAUGUUUCCAAAUUGUGUUUAGUAAAGCGUGACUGUUACAAGCUGUUAUAAGGCCUAACAAAUUUAUUCUGUUUUAAGGUGUGGCUCAUUAGGUAAACUAUGUGUAACAAAAGACUGAAAACAAAUAUACGUGGGAAAACUAAACCAAAGAUGGUGAUAAUAUCAAAUAUACAGGAUAUUAAAAUACAAAAUGAAAUAUACAGAAUUAAAAACUGUAUUAACUUAUACGCACACCAAGUGAAAAAGUAAAAUCCUAGAUAGGUAAAAACAUUAAUCCACACACACAGUGUAAAAUUGUGUGUCUUGUAAGGCUCCUGGGAGUCUGACAAGUCUGCCGGUCACAGUUGACCGUCGUAAUCAUAGUGAGGGAGUCAGAGCCCCCCCUAGAACAGAAAGUCUAGAAUUUAUUCGCCAGAGAGUAUUUCCCCACAUCACACAAGGUGAACAAAAGCCAGGUCAACACACAGACUAUAAUGGCAAUGACUCACAAUUUUUGACCUGUGACUAUGACCUAAUUGUUUCCUUACAUUAAACAAGCCAGCAUCAAACAUUAGGAAUCCAGGUGUGAGGUUAGUUUUUGGAAAGGUAGCCAACAUGAGUUAAGCUAAGGGUGAAUCAAAAUGUUGACAUGUUAACAUAAUGAAUAUGUUUGGGUUUUUUUUUUACAUUGAAUUGCUCUGAUGAUUUUUACAUUGAAUUGCUCUCGUGAUUUUUACAUUGAUUUGCUCUGAUGAUUUUUACAUUGAUUUCCUCUGAUGAUUGCUCUGAUGAUUUUUACAUUGAUUUCCUCUGAUGAUUUUUACAUUGAUUUCCUCUGAUGAUUUUUACAUUGAUUUGCUCUGAUGAUUUUUAUAUUGAUUUGCUCUGAUGAUUUUAACAUUGAAUUGCUCUGAUGAUUUUUAUAUUGAUUUGCUCUGAUGAUUUUAACAUUGAAUUGCUCUGAUGAUUUUUAUAUUGAUUUGCUCUGAUGAUUUUUAUAUUGAUUUGCUCUGGUGAUUUUUAUAUUGAUUUGCUCUGGUGAUUUCAUUUCAAAAUUUAUUCAAUAUGUUUAAGUUGGGUUGACAAGGGGGAUGAAUUAUUAGCCCAUUUUGAAUUAAAGUAAAACAAGAAUGAAGCAGCUUAGGGCUGAUUUCAACAAAUCAAUUUACUUUCUGAUGUUUUGAUAUUUAUAUGGAUGCAGUUUCUGACAUUUUGUUUCGCUUACCGUUUUGUCAGCGGAAAAGAAAAUAAUUCACCCCCAGCCUCCGAGUAAGGAGAUGUCCUGGACGUCGUUCGCGGAGGGAGGAAUGGAUGAAGUGUCCGACCGUGUUCUGCAGGGACUGAUGGAUCCUCUUCUUGCAAGUGGUAAAUGGUUUUUUGUUUCAUAAAAUGCUUGGCCAACAUCCAAUCUUGCAACGCGCAGUGGAACUCGGUUGUUUUUCUUGUUACGGCCGCCACUUGCGUCUUUGAAAUCAUGUUGUGGGUGCAACCAGCCGGUGUUAAAACCUUGCACCCAUUUUCAAGGCAGGUGUAGCGUGACUACCAUUUUCACACCAACAGUUAAUCUCGAUAUGGGGACUAGACAAAAUGAAGAGAAUAAGCUUAGUGCUUCCUUCCAGAAUGUGUCAUUGCAAGUAGGCCUCUUUGUGGUUCUUGUUAGAGCAAGUAGGCCUCUUUGUGGUUCUUGUUAAAGCAAGCAGAGACAUAAUGGGGAUGAGGGUUGAGUUACAACAUUCAUUUUAUUUUCACUCCCUAAAAGAGAGACACCACCACCACAUUUUUCCCCCCCCCCCCCUUUUUUUUUUUCUUAUCAAAAUGUAGGGGUAGGGCUACUGCAUAAACCAGACGAAUGCAAGGCAGAAAGCUUACAAUAAUUUAACUAGUUACAUAUGACAUUUGUUAAGAACUUCUUUAUUUCUAAAGAUAAUUUCAAAUUAAAAUGUUGUCCACAUUUAUCAACGUUUAUUGUAUUUUUCCCAGGAGGGGAUAACCUGGAUCAUUCUCUGUCAGCCCUGGCCUUGACAGCAGCCCUGGACAACAAGGAUUUGUGGUUGUAUGUCCAGCUGCGUCCACACCUGUUCUCUGUGAAUGGCCUGUUCUACAAGCAGGUGGAGCGAGAUGUGGGCCUGGAGCACGGGAAACACUGUCAGCUGCCCCUGUUGCCCCAUAAGGUACGUUUGCCAUCAUGUGCAGAUGUAUACAACCAUAGUGACCAUGAUAUCUAUAGUUUUUAUUCUUCUUUUUAAUAACCAAGUCCAUCCCAGAACUGUGAUUGAUAACUUCACACAUGACUGAUGUGGUCUUAAAUUUUCAACAAAAUCAAGGCACCCAACCCUAUUGUGAUAUAAAUCUUCAAUUCCACCACAAGUGCAGUUAGAUUUUUAAUUUACAUUUCUUUGUAAAAAAAUAUCACAUGAGUGGGCUUCAACUUGUUUAUGUAAGAAAAGGUGUGUGUGUGUCCAAAAGAACUGAUCCGCUUUUAUGGAUUUGCAAUAUAACGGCCAUCUAGGCCGUCAAAACUGCACUCAAGACACAUCUCUUUAAACUCUACUACCCAACUGAUUCCCUCCCUCCCCCUGACCAAUAAACGAUCCCGCUAAAUAGUUCUGGGGUGGGUGGGGUGAAUAUACAUUAUUUAAAAAAAAAAUUUUUUUUUCUUUACAGCUGUUUUUUUAUUAAAUAAAUGUAUGUAAUUUUAUUUUAAUGUCAUGAUUAUGUUUGCUAAUAUUUUUAUGUGCAGCUCGGUGAGCCCAGUCCUAGGCUGGGGUACCGCGCUAUAUAAGACCACUGUACUGAUAAUAAUGUGUCCUCCACCCCCCUUCACUGUGGUGUGCAGAAGGUUUUUAUAUCUGAAUUAUCUGUCAUUGCCUGUUCCACGUCUAUCAUUGUUGCCAUGUCCUCAAGUAUAGAAAGCUCUGUGUCAAAUUAUAGUGUUGAGUUAUCAUUUUGCGUGUCACAGUUUGUUCAUCUAUCAUCUUAUUGCCAUGUCCUCAGGUAGAGAACUUGGUAUGUCAGAUUAUAAUGUUGGGUUAUCAUUUUGCCUGUCCCACACAUAUCAUCUUUGUGACCUGUCCUCAGGUAUAGGAGCUUGCAUGUCAGAUCAUAGUAUUUUAUCAUCCUCGCCUUGUCCUCAGAUAUUAAACCUGGUAUGUCACAUUCUAGUCUUGUCUUAUCAUUUUGCUUGUCACAUGUGUUGUGGACCCAUCAUCUAAGUGCCCUGUCCUGAUUUAGCCAGUCACAUGUGUUGUGGACCCAUAAUCUAAGUGCCCUGUCCUCAUUUUGCCUGUCACAAAUUGUGUACCCAUCGUCUUAGUGCCCUGUCUUCAGGUUUUUGUGUACAACCGUUUGGAUGACAGACUUGAGCUGUGCUUGGAGCCCUAUGGACACUUCCCCAUUGAGAUCAAUGUUGAGAGAAAUGCCUCUGGUAUCACACCAGCCAGCAAGUGCAAUAACAAGUCCACCGGCAAACCAUUUUCGGGUCAGUGAUCAAUCUGUUUUGGUCAUGUUGUCAGAUCUAUUUUUUAAAUAUUUUUUUAUGCCCCAAUGACUGUUAUUACUAAUUAUAGGUUUUAGAAAUCCAAAGACAAAAAAAAACACACAUUUUUGUUCUCCUGGGAAACAGAUGCAGAUAGAGAACUUAUGGGAUGAGUGGCAUUGCAGGAAGUGAUAUUAAUAGGGUUUUGCAAGAGAUCCUGCAAAAAAUAAUUUGUUGCUGUUUUUUGUUUUAAAUACAUGGGUGCAUUUAUAUUAACAUGAAUUAUAAUUUUUGUGAAAGAUGUUACUGUUAUGGAUAUUCAAAUAAGAUGUUAAUGUUAUGGAUAUUCAAAUAAGAUGUUAAUGUUAUGGAUAUUCAAAUAAGAUGUUAAUGUUAUGGAUAUUCAAAUAGAUGUUAAUGUUAUGGAUAUUCAAAUAAGAUGUUAAUGUUAUGGAUAUUCAAAUAAGAUGUUAAUGUUAUGGAUAUUCAAAUAAGAUGUCAAUGUUAUUGAUAUUCAAAUAAGAUGUUAAUGUUAUGGAUAUUCAAAUAAGAUGUUAAUGUUAUGGAUAUUCAAAAAAAAAUAUAAAUGCCAUGCUGGGGAGCUUUUAUCAUUGGGUAUAGGACUAUAAUGUCAUGAUGUUUCUUUUUCCUUUAUGUUUUCAGGUCAAGGUCACUCACUAAGGCCAAGCACUAGUCAGGAAGAGAGAAUGCCAACAGAUGUCCCGAUGUCCCCCAAACGCCAUGAGGCCAGAAGGCUGAACACCCUGUGUGAUCCAGCACUGCACCAGGAAUCCAUCGAGGAGGAGGAUGAGGAGACAGAGGUUGAAACAGUCAUCGACGAUGGCCACUCUGCAUCACAUCGCCUCAACCCGGCACAGUUGAUACGGAACCUGCCUCUCAUCAGGGGGGCCCUGGGGCCGCACUCACUUCUGCCAAUAUCGGAUACAAAGCUUGUGCGCAAGGGCCCUGGUUACAGUGAGCUGAGCCCCAUUCCAGAGAAUGCAGCCAACGAAAGCGUGGACAUGCUGCACCAGCUGGUCAGCAGAAUAGAGAGGGUCGUUGAGUCUCUGGGGCAGGACAUGGCGGCCGCUGGAGACUGUGAUGAACCGUCUCCCCAUCUUGCGGCCUUGAACUCAUGCCAGUCACAUUUCACAGGGGCAAGGUCUCCUUCCCCUUCUCUCACCGUCCCAGCCUUGAGAACGAACAAAACCACCGCUGAGAACAAAGCACUUCAUCCGACGUCUUUCAGAACCCCACUGUCCAACAACACAGACUUUGACAGCAGAAGCCACACA